AUGGAGAGCUACAAUGAGACCGUCACCACAGACUUCAUUCUGCUGGGCCUCUGGCCUGAGUUCCGCCACCUCGGUGUCCUCAUCUCCCUCAUUCUUCUGGUCUACCUGCUGGCUGUCAUGGGCAAUGCUGCCCUCAUCCUCCUCAUCCUGUGGGAUGCCCGACUCCACACCCCCAUGUAUUUCCUGCUCCGCCAGCUGUCCUUCAUUGACUUCACCUUGAUCUCAACUACUGUCCCCAAGAUGGCCUCAAACUUCUUCUCAGGGAGGAGAACCAUAUCCCAGGGUGGCUGCGGAGCCCAGGUCUUCAGCAGUCUAACUCUGGGGAUUGCCGAGUGCCUCCUGCUGACCUUCAUGUCCUAUGACCGCUACGUCGCUGUCUGUAAGCCCCUGAGGUACUCGGUCCUCGUGAGCCCCAGCCUCUGCACCCAGAUGGUCGCAGCGUCCUGGGCAGGAGGGGCAGUCACAUCCCUCGCUCACACAGCCUAUGCCAUGCACUUCCCCCUCUGUCGCCCCAGGGUGAUCCCACACUUCCUCUGUGAGGUCAUGGCCCUCCUGAAGCUCACGUGUGAGGACGUUUCUGCGUACGUGAAGGCAGUGGUCGCGUCCAGCUUUCUGGUGGUUCUCAUUCCCCUGAGUCUCAUCCUGGCCUCCUACACCCUCAUCCUCCUCACUGUCCUCCACAUGAACUCCCCUGAGGGCAGGAGCAAGGCUCUGGCCACAUGCUCCUCCCACCUCUGCGUGGUCACCCUCUACUUUGGCCCCGCCAUAUUGGUUUACAUGAGGCCUGGCUCCUCUGAGACGCCCAAAUUAAACCAGUCUCUCUUUAUGUUUAAUGCCAUCCUUACCCCUAUGCUUAAUCCUCUCAUUUAUAGCCUGAGAAACAAGGAUGUCAUGGCAGCUUUAAAGAAUACCAUCCUUAGGAGACGCCCCCUACAAAAGAUGGAAAACCACUGGGAAAGCUACAGUUGA